AAAAUAAGUAAUACUAGUAUUUAUUAUUCCAGAAUAGGAAAUUCGUUUGAUCGAGCUGCGAGCAAUCAAGGAUCAAUAAAUCAAACCCUUCAAUUUUGCUUACAGUUGAUCACGUCAUCACCCAGGUCUAGAGAGAGAGAGAGAGAGAGAGAGAGUGACGAAACGAUGUCGUGUUUGGCUUCGUGCUGUGUGUCGCUGACAUGUGGUCUCUGCACAUCGGUGGCGUCGGGAAUCACAAAGCGGUCAGCUCGAAUCGGAUACUGCGGCCUCUUCGGUGUUUCGUUGAUCGUCUCUUGGAUUCUCCGGGAAUUCGCCCAACCUGUGCUUAAACACCUCUCCUGGAUAAACACUUCAGACAAUCUUUCGAAAGAAUGGUAUCAAAUGCAAGCAGUUCUCCGUGUCAGCUUAGGGAAUUUCUUGUUCUUUGCGAUCCUAGCUGUCAUAAUGAUCGGUAUUAAGUACCAAAACGACAAGCGUGAUUUCUUCCAUCACGAAGGAUGGAUUGUCAAGAUCGUCAUUUGGACUACGCUUAUCAUACUCAUGUUUUUCCUUCCCAAUGCCGUCAUAUCAGUUUAUGGAGUUGUUUCGAAGUUUGGAGCCGGGCUAUUCCUAUUGGUCCAAGUUCUAAUGUUGUUAGACGCCACACAUUCGUGGAAUGAUUCGUGGGUUGCUAAAGAUGACCAGAAAUGGUAUAUUGCAUUACUUGUUGUGUCGAUAUCAUGUUAUAUUGGAGCUUUUACAUUUUCUGGACUUCUAUUCAUCUGGUUCAAUCCCUCUGGUCAAGACUGUGGUCUUAACGUCUUUUUCCUCGUGAUGACAAUCAUUCUUGCCUUUUCCUUCGGUAUUAUCGCAUUACAUCCCAAGGUGAAUGGCAGCCUAUUGCCAGCUUCGGUGAUAUCGAUGUACUGUGCUUAUGUUUGUUACACGGGUCUUUCUAGCGAACCUCGAGACUAUGUGUGCAAUGGUCUUCACAACAAGUCAAAGGUUGUUUCCACGAGCACACUUAUACUUGGAAUGCUUACAACAGUUCUGUCUGUUUUGUAUUCUGCACUUCGUGCUGGAUCUUCAACCACCUUUUUGUCUCCUCCUUCUUCGCCUAGAGCAGGUGGCAAGAAACCUCUUCUCGAGGGUGAUGAGCUGGAAUCUGGUAAAGGAAAAAACGAAACAGAAAAUAAGCCAGUAACUUAUUCUUACAUGUUCUUUCAUCUCAUAUUUGCCCUAGCCAGCAUGUACUCUGCCAUGCUUUUAUCGGGCUGGACCAGUGAUUCCGAAAAUCCUCAGCUUAUAGACGUGGGUUGGACUUCGGUUUGGGUUCGGAUUUGCACUGAGUGGGUGACAGCUGGACUUUACGUUUGGUCACUCAUCGCUCCUCUGAUCUUACCCGAUCGCGAAUUUUAUUGAAAUCUUGAUUUUUUUUUUUUAAAUAAUAACUGGGGUUUGUAUAGUUGUUACUAAAUUGUUAUUAUAUUUGUCAUUGUAUCAGGUGGAUAUGUGUAUUAAAAAAAAAGGUAUGUAUGUAUAGUUGAAUGUAUUGUAGCUUAUUUGGUUUGGAGUGUUUUGUAUUGGAUGAUACCUAUACGUAUAAAAACUUCAUCAUAUUGAAAUUUGAUGUAAUAUUUAUGUUUCUUUUGUUUUU